GACUUUCUCCUUUCCAAUUGAGUAGUUUGACCCCCAAACCAAACGCCAAGACGAACGCGCCAAGUAAAUGCUUCGAGUCUUCCAUGAAAACGACUCUCUUGCCUUCAUUUUUUUCCAAGUGAUCAACAUCUCCGUCCAGGGCUUGUUCAGAAACUCUCCACUUGAACUGAAAAUUCUUUGCCCCCCUCUGUUGGGUUAUGGUCCUUUCCUUGCUCAAUGGCUUUUCCCCCCAGAAAGCUUCUGUCUUCACCCGAUCCAUGUCUUUUCCAUCAUCCUCCUCAUGCAAAUUGUCCCUCCCCUCCCACUCCGCCGCCGCCGCCGCCGCCGCCGCAGCCGGCCGGCAAGAGUCUGCUCCAAGAUACCAAAAGGAUCUUGCCUUAUGCUCUUGGCUCUGUUCUCUUGACAGGGAUCCUCUGUAUAAUCCUAGUGAAGUAUUAUGUGAAGCAGAACAGCUCAAGGAGGAGACGAGACGCACCGAUUCUUUUUCAUACGCAGGAAGAGUUCUUGGAUGAAGACCAGGGACCGCCCCAGGACCACCCAGUAUGGUUCAUCCGCACGAUCGGUCUCGACCAAUCUGUCAUCGAUUCCAUAACGGCUUUCGAGUACAAGAAGGGCGAAGGGCUGACCGAAGGGACAGAGUGCUCUGUUUGUCUCGGCGAGUUCGAAGAUGGCGAGAAUCUCCGGCUUUUGCCCAAGUGUAGCCACUCAUUUCAUGCCCCUUGCAUCGAUACUUGGUUGAGGUCUCAUAAGAAUUGUCCUCUGUGUCGUGCACCGAUAGUCAGAGAUGCUAGGAUCGGCCACAUUAGUGUGGAUGUGGAAGAGCCUAGACUGAACAAUUUAGGCUCCAGGGAAGAGAAUUUGAUGAUUGAGAAUCAUGGCAAUAGCGAAAACACUCGAGCAAGAGUUGAAAGCAGUGAAAGCGUGGGUCAAGAUGAUGGAGUUAGCCCGUCGCAUAUGGACGACGGAAUAAUUUGCGAUGAUGUCAACAAGGUUCCAAGUUUUUGCAGUGGAGAGAGUUGUGAAGUCCUCAUUCCAAGUGAUUGGGAUAGCGAAGGACAUAAAAGGGUCACGGAUACAGAGACUGCACCGGCAAGACGAUCGUUAUCAGCGGAUAUGACCAUUUCUCCUGCCGAAGGCAUACUGAAAACUCGGCCGAAACAAACAAAGAGGUCGAGUUCCAUAAUUGCUGCCAGGCAAGACGGUGAAUGUUCUAAAAUGCGCAGAGCAGUGAAAUUUUCUUCUUUCGGGCAGUCACAACAGAAGGGACCUGUUGCGAUGAACCGGUCACUUUCUUCUGGGGGAAAGGUAUGGCCAUCCGGACAGACCAGAGACCAGAACCCGGCAAAUUCGUUUUAAUCAGGAGGCUUCCGUCAUAGCCGGUCUUUCGAUGCGUUGAUGUAAUUUUUAGCACAUUAGAUAGCUAGUUUAAGCAUUUGCCAAGUCAGAGUUCUGCUGAAAAUAUUACACCUAAGUCUGCUAUAAUGAAUACAUAUCGGAGUGCAUUACAUAA